AUCCAUCGCCUCCACGCUCCGCUUCGACUGCUGUCGUCGACAAAAUUCUGCCAUUUUAAACGUUGACCAUUUAAGUUUUAUUUUCUUUUUCUCUCCCCACUUACAUUUACGACAUGGAGAAAAAGUCAGCUUUGGGCCUGGCCAGCAAGAAUAUGAUUCCCAUCCCGAAAAGGAAGAUGGCUUCAAAAGAGCCACAUUUGGAAGAAUGCAAGAUUGGUGGGAGAGAGGAAAUAGAAAUAAAGGCGUAUUUAUCUCAAUGUUUGCUGGACCCCAACGACAACCUGAAAAUGUGUGAAUUCACCAAAAUAUGUCUCAUUUACAACCCAUCAUUGCUCCAGAGCUUCAGUGAAAAAAGGCGUGAGAUGAAAUCUUUGGGAAGGCGUGGACAAGAGCUCGAAGUGGGGUUUGGCUUUUUGGUUGUUAAACACAGUGCCACCGUGGAGUCUAUUUACCGGCAGGGCCUGUGCGUCAAUCAUUGUGACAUUAAAGCUCUUGGAGACCCCUCCCAAGGAGUCUACCUCACCCGUCAUAUAGAUAUUUGUCUCAAAGUUUGCAUACAGCGAGGCUUGCUCAGAGGAACCAUUGUCAUUUUCAAGGUGCUGUAUGGGCGAGUAAAAUCGUUGAUACCUCGGACUCAACAUGACAAGCCACUCGAGCCAUCUUGCAACUAUGAUUGUCACAUACCACAGAAGGUGCCCAAGAUCAAUGAACCACUAAAUCUGCAGGUCUGCUCAUUGGUGUAUCUAUAUGAGUAUGACAGCAUCAUGCUGCCAGUGAAAAGGCCCCGUCAGUGCCUGCCCUAUGCGGUGAUAAACAUGCACCAGACAUUUACCGGUGCUAAAGCCACUCCGCGUGCUUCCCUCACUUCUUCAUGGAGCCUGCCUACAGUGCUGGAUUAUACCAAAGGUUUAACUGUUGCAACACGUAUUGGAAAGAGCAUGCAUGCCAUAGUGGUGUACAGUUCUGCAAGAGGAAAUGGAGAGCCGCGAGCCCAGAAUGGAGAGGGUAUCGACGUGUCAAGAGACCCAAGGCAGCGACAGAGAGCAGCCGUGUGUCAGAUCUCUGUGGACACGGAGAGUCCUCCUCAGGCAGGAACAAAUCCCGAGCGCCGUUGUCUGAACACGCAAAUUCAGGCUGCGUUGAAUUCCGCAGAAUCGGCGGUCACAGAUUUGUUACAGGCGUCCUCGUCUGCACGAGUCACAUUCUCCAGUAUGUCAGACCAUCGAGCAAGCGAACCAGGUUUUAGUCGGAAUGACGGCGCUUUGGACGAGAACCAUGCAAAUGGUGAAACUAUUGUGCCGAGGUCGUUGAACAAAUACGGCAGCUUUGAAAUUCCUCAGUCUGAGACGUUUCUUGGACAGGAUCUACAGAUGCUCAACGAGCCUGCAAGUGCAAAUAAUAUGAAUGUGAAACACAGCCAACAAAGUACAGCCUCACAGUUUAAUAACCAGUCAAGAGGUGGAUCAAACUGCAUGGAUUAUUGUGCAGAUUACUUGAAAGUUCAUAAUGACAGCUCUGGAUUGAGCGAUAUAUCAUUAAAUAAUAACUCGCUUUCCCAACACACAGAGUCACCUUUGUCACAGCCAUCUUCACCUCCAGAGCUAGAUUUAAUGUACCAAGUCCCUUCAAUUGAACAUGACUCCUGGGAAGAUUCAGCACCUUCCAAUGAUGACCAAUGCACAUCAAUAAAUGUGCAUUAUCCCAAUACCGUAGCAAAUAUCUGCAAAUCUGAUAUUCAGUUAGGAUUUUGGCCAAAGAAAGAGUACGUAUUUAAUUUGUCAAAUGUGUUGCUUAAUGCCAAUGCAACGGAAGGACCACUGGAACUCAAUCAGAUGAUGGAUUCAUGUGAGAAGCUUCUGUCACUUUUUGUGGGAGACCUUCAGGAGAGUCUGGGUGAACCUCUCAGGAAUGUUUUUAUGUCAGCACCAUUGUUGCAAAGGUUUGGUCUGAGAGAGACUUGUCCCUCGGUUCUCCUAGAAGGUUCUGCAUUGGAGACGUACGUGGAGCUGCAGAUGCUCUUAGAGACAACUCAUUACAUACAGAAUCGAUUAAACUUCCUGAAGGGUCUGCCGAGAUUCCGCACCUUGCUGUGGUACGAAACAUCACUUGGGAUGGAGUCACUUGAGUACACUUUUGCCGGAACCUUGGUCAACUGCCACGAACUUUCCAACUUAAAAAAAGAGAUCUACGCGGCCCGCGCGAGGUUGAGCAGGUGUACGGCGAACCAUUAUUUGCUGCUGAAGUGCAAUGCGGAGAGCUUGGAGUACGAACACUUGGAGACGCGGAGACUAAAGUCCUCCAUCCUGCCGCAUCCGCCGCAGUCGGGGAUGGUGAACCUGGGAAACUCGGUUGGAGAGCUGGAGGCCCAACGCAAGUGCAUUCAGCACUUGCUCGGGAAGCUGUUUUUUGCUCCCGCCACGGACCGAAACGUCGAGAAGAUUGAACAUCUCAAUCUAAUUAUAAGCACCAUCAAACGAAAGCAGCAGUGGCUCAAGAGCAACCAGUACACGGCUCUUGACCCUAAGCAGAUCAGCAAGUUUGGUAUGGACCAUCUUGAGUGGAAUGCAGCCAAGAUGCUUGUCUGUCAAGAGCUGAAGGCCAAAGAGCCAUUUGACAAGAAGGACUCUCAAGAGAUAUUCUCUGAAGUCAAAGAAAGGCUGAGGAAGAUGACGGCAAAUGAUGUGGUGCCAGAUGUACGAGCUGCAGUUGAAGACGCGAAGGACUGGCAUAAGUUUUUACAGAGCUUUUCCUUCCCACGGACAAUUUCCAUAUCUAUCCAAACGCCCCGAUCAGACAACGGAAGUGGACAUUGCAGUGUGGUGGCUGUACCAGGCAGUGAGGGAAACACAGCCCCUAAGUCACUACCUUCAGCUGAGGCUCAUGGGAGUGACAGCGGAAACAACAUGGAACAGGUGGCCGCGGCAGCGUUGACGUCCCGUCAGCAUACGCAAAGUACCAAGCACUCAAACGGAUCAAGCAGGCACAGGGAGGAAUAUCCAGCAGACUUACCCACCAAGAGAACUAGAUUUAGCUUUGAUAGUGACAUUCAUGGAGUGGGUCUACAUGCAAGCAGCAGUGAUGUUGCUUUGUUGGAGGAACAGCCUUGUGUUAAGACCAGGAAUGUGGAAAAUGCUACUGGGGAGACUCACGCUCAGUUACAACUUUUUGAAUGUCCAACACUUGUUAUUCAAACUGGUGAUGCUAACCUACAGAUACUGAGACAGGAGGGUGAGCAGGAUGAAAAAUAUGAAGAUAAGAUGCCAGGAAACAGCAUACACACAACAGUGGAUCAGGCUGAAGUGAAGUUUGCACCAGCCGAUCCAGGUUGGGAUGGAGAGGAUUGUAGUACACAGAUACAGGAGCUUCAGAGCAAUCCCCAGCCAAACAGUACAGAGUCCUGUGCCGAGAGUGUCUUUGAGGUCUGGGACACACCAGAGUGGUUUCCAGCAAGAUGCAGACAAACCAUGAAGAAUUGAUUGAAAUAAAUUCGUGUUUUUCGGUGGGGGGAUAGGAAAAAUAUUGCACGGUUAAAAUCGAGAGUUGUAAAUGUGGCAAGGUUUUAUUGGAAAGCAUGAAUGUUAUUCAUUUUACUAACACGUGUAAAAAUGAUGGUGUUUAUUACUUGCCCACCAUGUGUGUGACUUCACAAGGACUAUGAUGGCACACAGGUGCAAGAUUUAACUGCAGAGCAUUCCUCUGUUUUCAGGGCUUGUUUAGCCAUGGAGAGCUGCUUUUGAUCUCUCGGCACCUACCGCUUGGUAUUUUGCUGUUCCACACAAAAAAGGUCAUACCAUUUGUAAGCAUUAGCCUUCACCUAAGCCUCAUCUCUACAGCCGGAUGAUGGGAUAAGUUGUCUCCUGAUAUUUGAACUCAAAACCUUCUGAUUGUGAGUCUAGACCUCUGUAACAGCAGCACCCGGUCAUAUAAUUGUUGCUAUGUCAUUAAGAAUAGAACAAAUGUACACAACAUACAAUUUUUAGGCAUGAUUCUAAUACAUGCAUGUACGUGGUUCUCCAAAUUUGCUAAUGAUGGUAUGCUUUGUAUCUUACUGUCAUGGAUGCUGGAUACAUGGGUUUCAAUGAGUGAGUUGAAACAAAAAAAUAAAGAUUUGCAUUCGCUGUGGUGCCUUAUAACAGAAAACCGAAAACAAUUCCAUUCUGGCGUAAGAGAUAAAUGUCAACGUCGAGGUCUGCUAGCCACGGGAGGGUUUUAGAGGAGCGUUUGUGCAGUUUUGCCAUUGAAGGAGCUGAGACUGCAGUGGCUCACCAUGGUCCAUAGUUUGGGUUGCAUGGCCACAGUUGUGCUGUAGCUUGUCUUUAAUUUUACAUUCAUGAAGGAGGUGUGUGCAUCGGUUUGUUGAUGUUCUGAUGCGGUUGAUGGUUACACCAAGGUCUUCAAGGAAUGCCAAAGCCAGGAGGUGUGAUGUUUGGGUCUCGAAAUUAUGUGUUUAUUCUGGACGUCCGCAUGCUUCCGUAUCUCGGUAAGAUUCUAGGAUGGUGGCAGCACGAUCCCAGAAGGAGGAUCGGGGCUUGAGUCUUCGGCAAGGUAUAUUGCUGAAGUCUUGCUUGGUGAGUAGGUUGUCAUUGGCAAGAAAACGUAUACAUUCCCUUGCAGUAUGCAUCUCGGUGGAUAUUUGGUGGCAGAAUGUUCACCAGAACAGGGAGCCAGGAUAUUUAUUUUGGUUUCAGUGUUGCGGUUAUUAUGCACAUUGUAUUAUAUAAUUGUGCAUCUAGCAUUUUCAUGUAUGAGCUCCCAGACCAGACGAGAGCACACAAUGUACUACCACUGAGUAGAUCAGUGAUAGAGAGCGGUCGUUUGCAGCACAUGAGCUGAGGCGCUCCAGGUCGUUCCUGCAUUAUUUCUGUAGCAGAUCUGUUUUAUUUGGGGCUUGAAGGUCAUGCUUCUGUCCAUGAUAAUCCCUAGAUAUCUUGGAGUGGGGUCACAGUGCCCUGGGCUACCACAGAAGGACGGAUCAAGAGUAACAUGUGCUGCAUGAUUGUUCAGGUUUUUAAAAUAAUUUGGUCAGAGUCACCAGCGACGGAAAUCUGCCUCCAAUGAAGUUAGAUCAGCUGUCAAGAGUAUUAGCAAUAUUUUGGAGGUUUGUUCCCUAUGCACCAAGGUCUAAGUCCUCUACAUAUAUGAACUUGCAAGAUGACGUACAUGGCAUAGUGAUGGCACGAGGACCGAGCUUUGGGAGGCUAUUGAGUAUUCCACUGCAGCUGUUUUUUAGCAGUGAGGUGUAACCUAAAAGUACGGUUGCUGAGCAUCCCAUCAAUUAGUUGAUCGCGAUAUCAUGAAUUUGGCCAACUUCAUCAGCAGGCCAUGAUGCCAGACAGUGUCAUAGGCAGCAGAGAGGUCAACUGUUGCUGUGCUAGUUUUCUGUUGAUGCUGGAAACCGGCCUCCAUUAGGGCGGUGAAGGCAAUGAUCUGUUCACAGCAGCAGCUAUGGCCAGUUCGAAAUCCGGCUUGUUUGGGAGGCAAUGGUACAGUCUGAUGUUUCGGGGUAAUGCUCCCAAUGCAGUGAAACUGACUGAAACAGCCUAUUUGUGUUUUGUUACUCGGAAGUAUUAACCGUGAAUGUGGUGGUGGUUAUUGUUUGUACUUAAUGAGUUGGCAUUAUGCUUUAGAUUAUAAUAAAAGAGCACGCAGAUCGCGUUGGGCAGUGCAGGCACAUGCUGGUAGAAUUAUUGCCUCUCCUAUAUUGGAAUUGUUGAAUGUUAAAAUUGUGAAUUGUAUCUGGAGAAUGUGAAACAUUAGCAGGAUGUUAUUUUCAAAUCCCUGCCACUAUCUGGCCACGUAACUCAUGGUAAAUGAGUAAUCUGCUUUAGUGGCCCAACGUUACAUGUUAACCGUUCGUAUGUAAAUCAGCUGUGAGCUUGUCAAAGUUACAGAUGAAUGGCUAUGGUCACAAUGACUAGAACCGGACUGCUCGUGUAGGUGUACCACUGCAGGUUACGCUGUUAUUGCUGCAACGGAACAUGCUUUGGAAUGGGAAAAUCCAGCUUGCCAAAAAUAAUAUUGCAUGCUACAUGAUGCCAUACUCAUGUGUGGUUGCUGAUGGAGUUACCUAUCAAGGUCAGUUAUGCUAUUUGAAUGAAUGUACAAAUUCUACUUGAACGUAUUGUUUUGUUUCUGUGCCAAAUAAAUGUUUAUACUCUCAUGCUUUUGUGUGUAACAGUUAUGUAAGCACUAAUUUGGCAGUUGUUUUCACUGAAUGUGCUGCUGCAACUUGCUUUGGAAAAAAGUUUU